UAGUGUGUGACUCCGCCCUCAUUCUCCCACCGUUCUCACAGCUCAGACAUGGCGGCCAGAGUAAUGCGCUUCCCCACCGCGUCCGCUCACACCGGCGGCUUCCCCUCCGACAUGGACUGGAUGGACCGGCCCGUCAGCACCGGGACAACAAUCAUGGCUGUUGAAUUUGAUGGCGGUGUUGUUAUUGGUGCUGAUUCCAGAACAACCACUGGGGCCUACAUCGCUAACCGGGUUACCGAUAAACUCACUCCUGUGCAUGACAGAAUAUUUUGUUGCCGCUCUGGAUCUGCUGCAGAUACCCAAGCCAUCGCAGAUGCUGUCUCUUACCAGUUAGGCUUCCACAGUAUUGAGCUUGAUGGACUUCCCCUGGUACACACAGCCGCCAGUCUAUUUAAGGAGAUGUGUUACCGCUACCGUGAGGAUCUGACAGCGGGGAUUAUCGUCGCCGGGUGGGACAAGAGGAAAGGAGGGCAGGUAUACACCGUACCCAUGGGAGGAAUGAUGGUUCACCAGUCUUUCUCUAUUGGAGGUUCCGGCAGUUCCUAUAUAUACGGCUUUGUAGAUUCUACAUACAAAACAGGAAUGACAAAGGAGGAGUGUUUAAAAUUCACAGCUAAUGCUAUAUCAUUGGCCAUGGAACGAGACGGGUCCAGUGGUGGCGUUAUCCGUCUGGCCGCCAUUACAGAAAGCGGCGUGGAGAGGAAAGUAAUUCUGGGUAAUGAACUUCCUCGUUUCGCAGAAUCCUGAAGAAAUUAACAAUUCCCACAUUGUGUCCUCUAAAUGAUGUUUUUGUUACUUAAGGAUGUUAAUUACAAUAAAAGCCUUUAACCCAA